CUUAAUUCUUCACCUGAUUUGUUCGAUGACGUGGACGAUUCCUAUGAGUCGUCGUUGAUGCCGUCCUCCCUGCGACGGUAACGAAGGUCUCCCGAGCGUUUUCAGUUUCUGGUUCGAAGUUCAAAUUUGCUCGCAGGAUGAUCCCGCCUCCUAUAAAUACGCCUGCGAUUUCUCUCCGUCGGCUGAACAAAGCGAGAGAGCGAGCGCGACGAUGAAAAAGAGAGCAGCGGCGACGACAGCCAAAUCAAAGCCGAUGGCGAAAGGGAAGUUGAAGCGGCGGGGCUCGUUCUUCGCUUCUCCUACUUCGAUUCCAUCUCCCGAUUCCUCCUCCAAACCGUACAACCUAGAUCUGCCUUCCUUUCCUUCAGCAGCCGCCUCCUCCUCCCUGAACGCCAGCGCCGAUCCCUUCUCGCGCCAUCACGUCUCUCCUCCUCCUUCCUCCAAGACGAAGACAACUGCCGUAGCUACCAUCUCCGAUCUGAAGUCUUUUGCCGGAUCCCGCAUUGAGUCUCUCAAGCAGCACUUCGACGUUUACCACUCUGAAAUGGUCAAUGAGUUCGAUGCUUCCAACAGUCGCCUCUCCAAGCGCUUCAAGAUCCAGACAAAAGCUUGCCUGCAACUAACUGAGGAAGCAGAAAAUGACUGCAAGAAGAUUGCUGAUAGGAUGAAUGAACAUACAGAAAUGAUGAAGGCCUCGUAUGCAGAAGUCAUUAGCAAAUCACAUUCUACAGCCUCUCAUGUUUGUAAGGUUUCCAUUCCUGAGCUCAUGCAAUCAAUGGAGAAAGCCAUUGACAGAUUCCGCAACCGUUAUAAGAUACCAACCACUCCAAUGUGAUCAAAUCUUAAUUUGUAUGUAUUGCAUCUACUAGGUCACAAACUCACGCUAUCUGGAUGUUUGGGAUGCCGCGUCUACAUGAGUGAACCACAUGAGUCUAUAAAUUUUAGGGAAACGUUCUGACGAGAAAUAUGAUAAAUACCUAAAGUUUUGUUUCGUUUGGUGAACCUCGUAAACAUUGUUCCCUGUCCUUCACUACGACGUGUUCAACAACUAUUAUCCAUGAACUAAAUAAAAAGCCUAACAUGUUGGACUAA